AUGAAUAAGUUUUAUAUUCAAAUUGUUUUUUUUCUUUUAAUCAUCCCCAUAUAUGUGAAUAAUAAAACCCUUGCAACUGAGCUUGUUCCAAAAAAAGAUACAAAACGUUAUCCUACUUCAGAAAAAAUAUAUAAAAAAAACAAACACCUACUAUGUACCAAUCGCAAUGAAUCUAGAAAAGCGUUCAAAUUUAUGAAUGACGCUUUAAAACAUUUAGAACAUCAUGCUACAAGUAAAGAUGGUUAUAAAAAGUGUUGUGGAAAUCCUUCUGAGUAUAUGGUUUUUUAUAAAAAAAAACAUAAAAAGCAUACAAAAAUUCAAAAAGUUAAAUAUAUAAUUGAUGAUCCGAAUAAGUAUAAUGAAAUAAUAAACGAGGUGUGGGAUCCAAAUAGUGGCAAUUAUUUUUAUCCAGGCUCGGUUAAAAAAAAAAUUGUCCGUAUGUACACUCCAAAUUUAUUAAUGAUACAACAACGUUGGAAAAAAUGGCCAUGGUCUCGUGAGAAAUAUUUUUAUGCUAUAGCUGCAAAAUAUAAAAUAUCAAAAAACAAAACUAUAAUUGUCAUGGCUUCAGCAAAUAUAAUUGAUCACAACCGUAAAAAUAAAAAAUAUUUUGAAAAUAAAAUAGUAGAAAGUGCAAAUUUAUUCCAAGCUGAAAUUGAUUCUGAAGAUGAUAUUAGAAAUGGAGAAUUAAAAAAAAUGUUUGUUAACAUAAGUGGAUACAUUGUUGAAAAAAGAAAGAACCAUAUUUAUAUCAUCUAUGUCGACUCUAAUGAUGAACAUGGUUCCAUUUAA